AUGGAUUACAUUGAUGAAAUUGUGGAUAAAUGUCUUAUCGUUCUUCUCUUCAAUGCGUUGAAGCUUCUCUUUAAUGCGCUGAAGCUUCCCUUCCCACUUUCUCAUCUAUUAAAGUCUGUCCUUCUCCUCUGUCUUCAAUACAUUUCUUACCGUGUUCUUCCCUUUCCACUUUCUCAUCUCUCUUAUUAUCUUUCUCUCUUCCUUGAGCUUGCUUCCGAAAUGGAUUCUUAUCCAUCUUCCCAAACCUCAAAAUUUGUUGACUUACUUAAUAGCCAACAAAGCAUUUCGUUUGGUAACUACGAAGAUAGUGUCUCACAAGCUUCAUCACAAGCUGUUGGAACCAAAGAUGGUGGAGACACUGGUACACAGCGUAGAGAACGGCGGAGGUGGACGCCUGCGGAUGAUAUUGUCCUCAUUAGCGUGUGGCUUAACACAAGCAAAUAUGUCGUGGUUAGGAAUGAGCAAAAAUCAAGCACUUUCUGGUCAAGAGUAGCAGCUUAUUACUCGGCAAGUCGUCAAGAUGGUGAGGGCCAGAGGGGAGUCCUGCAUUGCAAGCAACGUUGGCACAAGAUCAAUGAUCUUGUGUGCAAAUUCUGUGGCGCCUACGAAGCUGCAAGCAGGGAGAAGACCAACGGUCAAAAUGAGAAUGAUGUACUCAAAUUAGCACAUCAAAUACUCUACACGAACCAUAAGAAGAAAUUCUUCCUCGAAUAUGCUUGGAAAGAGCUGAGGAACGACCAGAAGUGGUGUGAGGCGGUGUCUGCUAAAAACGAAGGAAUUCCAAAAAAAAGAAAGUGUGAACUCUUCAAGCUCUCAACCAACUGA